AUGGGCUUAGGUAUCAGAGAACCUAGUGAUGGGCAACAUGCUCCCGGCACCAUCACACUCGACCAAAGGGCAGCAGGCUCACAUGCAGAAGGUAGCAGCAACCUGAAGCGUGGGUCGGGCAGAAACUCUCACAUAGUUCUCGUCCCGCAGCCUUCCGAGGAUCCAAACGACCCGUUGAAUUGGCCAUCCAUAAAGAAGGCCGUAGUGUUCUCCGUCAUUCUCAUGGGGACUGCCUUUAUUUGUGUUAUUCCGGCCCCCAUGCUCAACGCCGGCAUAGUUCAGGUCUCGAUGGACUUCCAACGAUCAUAUUCCGAUAUUGCCAAACUGAACGGAUACCUACUGCUGGCUGUAGGAGCUGUCUCACCCAUUGCCUCCGCGUUUGCACGAAAGUAUGGCAAGCGUCCCGUCUUUGUCGUCUCUUCUGUCAUCGGUUUGGUCGGUUGCAUUGUCGCUGAGUUUGCCCACAACUACGAAACUCUUGUUGCCGGCCGAUUGCUGCAAGGUGUAGGCGGCUCAGCCUACGAGUCGCUUUGCACAUCUGUUGUGAACGAUAUAUACUUUGUGCACCAGAGAGGUCUUCUCGUUGCCAUUGUCAUUUUCUUCUUGAGCAGCUUGAGCAACGGCGUCAGCGUUCUAGCUGGUGUCAUCACUUCCAACCUGGGAUGGCCAUAUAACUUCCAUAUUCUGCUACCCUUCGUGGCUUUACAGACUAUCCUGGUCUUUCUGUUCGUUCCAGAAACUGUUUACAUUCGAUCGCCGAUUCUGAACAUCGAUCGGGCUACCUCCGUGCACGAGCAAGACAUUUCGAAUGACAAGCCUGAAUCAGGUCAUGUCGAGGUGACCGAUGAUAAGACAUUGUCUCCUACAGGCGCUCAAUGGGCUGAAGGCACUCAGGUUCCCGAGGCAAAGUCAUUCACAAGCCAACUUGCUCUCUAUAAUGGAGUUUUCACCCAUAAGUCUCUAUUCUCGAUGAUGCUUGCUAGUCUCGCUAUUGCCCUCAAUGUCAUUGCCACCUACAACGUUUUGGUCUCAGGACUUGUCAUGGCUUGGUUUGUCGCCAUGUCAGUUCUCGCAGGAGUCAUGUUUUCCGUACCCCCUUGGAACUUUGACGCAGCCUCCAUUGGGUACGUGUCUGUAGGACCACUGGUAGGUGGAGCAGUUGCAAUGGUCUUGUUGGCACUGGCUUCCGACCCAUUGAUCAAAUACAUGACGAAGAAAAACCAGGGCGUGUACGAGCCUGAGUUCAGGCUUGUCCUUGCAGUCAUUGGUGGCGUAUUUGCAGUCGCGGGUCUAGUUGGGUUUGGUCACUCAAUCGAGGCUCAAUCAUCCAUCUACGGCAUCGCUGCGAUUUGGGGCAUGACUCUAUUUGGUAUGAGCUUCGUGGCGGCUGUAACCAUGACUUAUGCACUGGACGCACAACCCGCACAUGCAGUCGAGAUUUUUAUUCUAAACAUCACAUUCAAGAACUUCUUCUUCUAUGGGCUUGUCAAUUUCAUCGUCGAAUGGUAUAUGACUAGCGGACCUGCUCACCUUUUUGAUGUCAUUGCUGGUAUUACUGCUUUUCUCACUCUUCUUACUAUUCCUAUGUAUUUCUAUGGAAAGUGUUACAGACGCUACUGGAGCCAGCAUAAUCUUCUUGUCAAGAUGAGGCUGGAUACUGAAAGUUAA